UAUGUACCUCCAGUUCUCACACAACACACACACACAAAACACUAGCUGCAAGCACAAGAAGUAGGCAGCAAUGGCCAAGCAUCGCCUCCUCGCCGUGCUCCUCAUCGGGAUAGUUGCAGCCUCCUCUUUCAACCAAGCAGCUGCGGCUGGCCGAGGCCUUGUUGUCGUUGGGAAGUUCACAGAGCUAGAGCCAAAGCCGGAACCCAAACCAGAGCCAAUGCCCAAACCUAUGCCCCACCCAGAGUCAGAGCCCUGCAAACCUGAACCGAUGCCCAAACCCGAACCAAAGCCUGGACAGAAGCCUGAACCAGAACCCAAGCCCAAGCCGAUGCCAAAACCAAAGCCCAAGCCCUGCUCCAAACCGAAGCCUGAGCCGAUGCCAAAACCGGAACCAAAGCCGGAGCCCAAGGCUAAACCUGAACCGAAACCGAAGCCGCCUCCAAAGUGCAAACCACCGGCAACGCACAAUUGAUGGGAUACUUAUAUAUGACACUUGAUGGAGGAGAACCCGUACGGAGCCACACUAUGCUAUUUUUAGAAUAAGUAAUGCAUUAUUCCCUGUAUUCAAUUUCUUUCUAUUGUUCCAUGCACGCGUGAUGAGUAUUAGUACUCUGUAAUUAUUAUUUGCUUGUUGGUAUAUGUUCAUCUACUUUGUAUAUGACCUGACUCAUAGUUCUUUUGAGUAUCAAUGCAUGAUUGUGUUCAUUCGCAUGAAUGAACUAUUUUGUCCA